GUUCUCGAAUCCCGAUAGUUGCUAUCGCAAUUACACUCGCACGUUUCAAGUUUUCAACUUGGAAGUUCAAACGAAUAGUAUUAUUAGUAUUAGUACACCGUACAAGACGUACCUACAAACACUGAACACUGGGCCUUUUUAUUAUUUAUUUUUGUUUUUUAUCUGAUUGUAAUUUUCCCACUAGUUUCAUUUUGAUGCGAAUCUGUAAUUUACGUCGUAUAUUUAAUAUUCUGUGCGCUUUUCGAACGUCUAUUGGAUUGUCACAGAAAUUAAUGUCAUAUUUUCGACAAUAUGAGUUUUUUUUCGUUAUUUUCUAAGAAUAACAAUUGCUCUACAAAUAAAACAAAUAAAAAAUCAGAUAAUAUAUUAUCAAGAAUGGUUGAUCAAGACUUAGUGUUACAGGAAAAAUUAGAAAAUUUAGAAAAACAAAAGAAUUUAAGAAAACAAAAUCUUCUCAAUGAAGAAAGAAAUAUUAAAAAAUUGGAAGAAAAUAAAAUUCGUCUUCAUCAGAAAAGUAGCAAUAAUGAUAAAAUGAUUCAAUUUUUAUUAACUGAUGAAGAAUCUACCAAUCAGUUAGUAUCUUCAAUUCAAAAGGAUAAUCUACUAAAACAAAAACAAUUUUUGAAUCAUUUAAAAGAUGCCGAGAAAACAUCAAAAGAAUUAAUAAAUGAUACUCUUAACUUAAAUCGUUCAUUUCAAAUAAAUUACUUUGAAAAGUAUAAUAAAUGUGAUAAAAUUAAACAUAUCAGUCAUGAAGAUAAAUUAAAAUUAAGAAUAACUGAUAAUGAAUUUACAUUAAAAGUUGAACAAAUAAUUGAUAAAGUAAAUAUGCAACGUUGUUUACUUGUAAAUAAAUUGUCUAAUGAUGAUUCAUCUAAAAUGGAGAAAUUAACUAGUCUUCUCAAUACAAGUAAUUGUUAUCGUCAAGUUCUAAAAGAACAUUUAAAGUUCAUGUACAAUCAGCUCAAAUAUUUAACUGCUAUUGAAUUACAAAAGCAAAACUCUCAGCUCAAUAAUCAAAUAAAUAAUUUAUGUGAUGAAAGAAUCACAAUAACAAGAUUGCUUGUAGAUUUUAUUGAUAAAAAAAAACAAAACCAAAAAUAUCUAAUUCAAGAAUUAGAAGCUCAAAAUGUUGAACUUGAAACUACAACAAAAUGGUUAUCACAGUAUUCAAAAUUGGUUAAUGACAUGCCGUCAGAGUUAACAUUUUCCAAGAGCACAAUCAACCCAACAUUAUUACAUAGAGUGUGUACAGCUGGUGGUGGUCAUCUUCUGCUAUUUGUUUUGGAAAAUGAUAUGGAAUUACCAUUGACAAAAGAAUACCUUGCAAAAAUGGGAGUUAAUAACUGUGAUGAUCAAGAAAUAUUAAUAAAUACAUUAAAUUAUUUUCCUAUACCAUCUGCUCCAACAGAAAAUGAGUUUCCUCCAUCGGCUCCAUUUUUAGAGGAAGUUGAAUGCAUUGUCUGUAUGGAAACAAAAUUUGACACUUUGUUUGUUCCCUGUGGACACUUAUGUUGCUGUUGGAAAUGUUCAGAACAAAUUUCAUUGUGCCCUAUGUGCAGAACUGAAAUCUCACAUAAAUUUGAUGUUAAAAGUAUAACCUGACUAUUACUAAUAUCAGUUUUUUCAUUCUUAGCAUUGAUAAUAUUAACAAGUGGUUACUUAUUAUUAUUAUUAAAGCAUUUAUACAGCAGAAUUAACUAUAGUGUUCAUAAUACUAAUAUUUUGAUAAUAAUAAAGACUUA